CCCCAAAAAGAGAGAGGGACUGGAUGCCAGCGUGGGCAGCCUGGCGCGGAAGAAAAUGGCUGCCCCCUGACGCCAGGAGAGAGUACUUAAGCGGUCACGAACGCUAGACUAACUCGUGCGCCGGCGAAGCUGCGUACACGGAGAAACGCCAUCGAUGCUCGUCCUGCUCCUCGCCCUGGUGCGCGCCGACGUCGUGACCGUGGAGAUUCCGGAGGCAUUAAUCGAUGGAGACAUCCCAGCCAACGCGGCCGCGUACUGCCGCCAGCAUGGCCUGGGCCCGACGCCGCGCGGCGUCGCGUGCGCCGACGCCGUGCUCCUCGACGCCGGCGCAUCAUUAGGGAGAAGGAGCCUCGCCCGCGCGGCGCGCGGCGACGCCGACGGGGCCGUCGAGGACGCGCGCCGGCGCACGGAAAUAGCCCGGCAGGACGCGGCCGCGUGGCGGCAGUACGGGCUCGCGCUGCUGGACAGGAAUCACGAAGGCGACGCGCGCGACGCCGCGGCGGCGCUGGAACUCGCGGUGGCGGGGGACCCGACCGACCUGGGCGCGGCGCACUCGCUCGCGCGCGCGCGAGCCCUAACGAAGCCGCCCGCGGCGCUGCGGGUCGCGACCUUCGCGUCCGCUGAAACGUGCGGGCUGCGGCGCCUGCUCGCGUCGGCGCGGCACCACGGCGUGGACGUCGACGUGCUCGGCGGCGCGAACCGCACGUGGCUGUGUGGAAAUCAAGUUCAAGCGCCCUUCAAUUCGUGGUCUCUCGCGGUCGGAGCGAGGUGCUGCUCUCUGGAUACGGUCGAGUGUAUCAGAGGAACGUCGUGUCCGGGUUUGGGCCGAAAAACCUGACUCGCUGGUUAAUUUCCACACAGGCACGUGGCACAACGGCCUGAAGCUCGAGCUGCUGCGGGCCUUCUGCGCUUCACUCCGCGAGGACACGCUCGUCGUCGCCGUCGACGGGUACGACGUCAUCGUCACGGGCGGCCGCGGCCGCAUCGCGAACCGCAUCCAGCAGUUAUUGGAGAGGCACCCCGGCCGCGUCGUCGCGUCGGCGGACCAGACGUUCUACUUCCGCGGACCGGACGAGGCGUGCGUCGGCGCCCACUACCCCGCCGGAGCGCAGCCCUACCGGUUCCUGAACUCCGGGGGCCUCGCGGGCCGCGCGGGGGACCUGGAAAAGGUGGCCGCGCGGGCCCUGCGCGACGCGGAGGGCUGGGACGGCGUCUCGGACCAGACGUUACUGCACCGGCGGUUCCUGGCGGAGGCGGCCCCCUGCGACGGUGAAGGCGUCCGGCGCAACCCCUGCGGCCCGGACGUGCCGUGCGCGGCGCGGACGCUCGCGCUGGACCACUUCCAGGAACUGUUCGGGAACACGGGCGGGCGCGCCUUCUUGCGAGAUUUUGGGGUCGUCGGUGGUGUAUUACGCAACGCGCUGACGGACACGCUGCCGUCGUUCCUGCACUGCCCCGGCGAGCGGCGCUUCCGGGCGGAGUUCGAUAGGUUAGCCGCGCUGGGCCUGCCGGGCGUCGCGUCCUGCGGCGACGGCGCCGCGGCGGCGGGGGACCCCGGGUAAGUUGGUU